CCUCACUUGGCCUGACUCUCACACACCAUGCCUUGCUGUUCCCUCUUGUCUUCUUCAUCCUCCCUCUACUUUCUUUCCCGCAUAGUCCUGGGAUCUCCACCCUCCAUAUCUAUCCCAUAACAGCUCAUCCUUGACGCUCUCACAAUGGCGACCAAGCCUAGUCGAGCUUAUAAGGCUCGCCCCAAGAAAAAUAAAAAGUCUCAAGGAUCAGGCUCUCAGACAAGACAACCGGCUGAUCGCAAUCUGAAAACACGUCAUCCAGCAAGGAAAAGUGACAACCAUAAUAGGCCGAAUGCCAAUACCAAUACCCACAAGAUUACAACACGGAAAGCUUCAUUCUUGCUUCUACCCCCAGAGAUCCGCUGGCAGAUAUACCAGGAACUUUUUCAUUUGUACCGUGUCGAAAUAAUUCGCCGGAAAGACAAAAAAAAGGGCAAAAAAAAGCGUGACCCUCCGAAAUCUACUCCCUACCGUCUCUGCCAUCGCCAUUUGGUCCCCCGUGGUGUUCGAUCUCAGACUGUCUGGAGGAAUCCAGGAAGGCCCGCUUACGAGCCACUUCCUAUAGCUAUUGUAUUCGCUUGCAAAUUGACAUACUGCGAGACGAUCCACCUCUUCUACUCAAAAAUGCAGUUUGUCUUUAAUUGCACAAAAACCAUUGCCCGGUUUCUGAAGACUGCAAGCAAAGACUCACAAUCUGCCAUCAACCAUGUGGAGUUAAACCACAUCAUGUACAAUGAGCCACGACUCACGGAAUUUCGGGAGUACAAGUUCCGCAGCGACAGGGCUUGGUAUCUUGUCUGCGACGAGAUGUCCCAGAGUUUUGGGAGCCUUCGUGUGCUGCAUGUCCAUAUGACUGUGUUUGACUGGCCCAUUCAUCUAGAGAUUGGAGAGCGCUGGUCAUUUCCCCUGUUAGUCUUCGGUGAGCAUGGGCGGCAACUGGACAUCGCCCAUAUCUGGUUGCAGAUGCCCAGAUUUAGCAAGGAAAAGCUGAAGUCUGUGGCGCGCAGCAUUGAAGAAAAGAUCAUGAGACCGGAGUCUUUUCAAAUCCGGGAAGACGAAAGACUGGCUAGGAAGUUAAUGGGCCGCGUCAAAGCGAGGAAGAUUCUGACACUUGCGUUUUAA